AUGGGCCAAUCAAGCAAGGGUAUCAGCAGCUUUGUACCUGCUACAGAUAUACCGUCCCUGGAUGGCAAGAUCAUCUUUAUUUCUGGAGGUACUGCCGGUCUCGGAUCGGAGUCCAUGAAGGCUCUAGCUGCCCACAACGCUGCCCACAUAUACUUCACGGGACGCAAUGUUGCCGCUGCAGAUACUCUAAUCAGCACAAUCAAAGCACUGCAUCCAUAUUUUGGACUCACUUUCAUACCCAUGGAUCUAUCGUCCCUGCGCUCAGUAAAGGAAGCUAUCGCAAAGAGCUUCAACCAUGAUCAUCUCGACAUCCUCCUGAAUAAUGCUGGCAUCAUGGCAAAGCCACCAGGUCUCAGUGUUGAUGGCUACGAGAUACAGUUCGCAACCAAUCACUUGGGCCAUGCUAUGCUCACGAAACAACUGAUGCCAUUUCUACUCAAGGCCUCCGAGGCCCCGGACUCUGACGUACGCAUCAUCUGCAAUACCAGCGACGGUUACGAGAUAUCUCGCAUGAUCAAGGGCGGGAUAUCAUUCGCCGAGCUCGAGAGUGGUAGCACAAUGAGCAGAACGCUGCUCGGUCAAUGGCAACGCUACGGUCAAUCAAAACUUGCCAAUAUACUUUUCGCAGCGGAACUGGCACGGCGCUAUCCUCAGAUCAAGAGUGUUGCGAUUCACCCGGGCGUUGUCGAGACGCCAUUACUGACCGACUUGGCCGGGUUUGACAAGUACUUUACCCUCUGGACGUGUAAGCUUCAGGGUGUUCCAAUCAUGAAACCACAUGAGGGUGCAUACAACCAGUUGUGGUGUGCCGCGGGCGCUAAGAAGGAAGUGCUGAGGAAUGGUGGCUUCUACAGACCUGUUGGACGCGAUGAUACUGACACGUUGAAAGGAGAAGGAUCGAAUGCUGAACUGGCAGCGAAACUCUGGGACUGGACAGACGGUAUUCUGGGAAAGUUCGAUUGA